CGCCAAAACCACUAAAGGGCGACCCUUGCGCCUUGGUCAUUCAUGAGCCUCGCUGUCGCCUCACUCACCGCCCUCGCUUCUGGGUGCUUCUCAAACAGCGCCCAAUUCGAGCGGUGGAGCCACUUCAAGGACUACGGCCUUCCGGGCGUCAAGCACGACCCGCUCAACCAGGCUGCGAUCGCAGACGGCUCCUGCCGCCUCGUUGAGCCUCCACUCGAGCUAGACGGCGACUCGUUUUGGACGCAGCGUGCACGCGUGAGCGCCGUGCUCGCCGCCCUCGCCGAAGCUCCGCCCACUGACAAGCCGUCUCAUUUUGUGCGUGCCACUAAUGCGCUACUCCGGAGGCCUUGCAGUACGCCAUUUCCUGCACUCCCGGCAAACUUCACGCUCGGAGAGCGCAAGGCCGCACUCCAGAACUGGUACCACGCUCUGUGCGCGCCGGAGGCCGACUCUAGCUGGGCCGGCCAGUACGAUCCCGCCGAGCAGCCGCAGCAGGCGGCGUUGACGGCUGGCUUCGCCUGCAUCGUGGCGUGCGGCGCUAGCGGUGGCAAACUCGGCGGAAAGGCGAUGAGCAGCCUCACUACGGGCGCGCAGGCGGCCCGCAAAGCGCUGUGCGCCGCGCUGCCCUGGGGCACCGUCGACUUCUCGACGGCGGCGACCGAAGCGGAGUUGGGCCGGAUGGCGUCGCCUGUGCUGAGCAAGCCAUGCGGUUGCGCACUCACGGGAGAGCUCUGAGUUUGAUCCGUUUUUGUGUACAAAUGUACAGUGAACACUGCACCCUCGGGCUCUCAGUGUCAGAACACACGAAGUAAAGAAGCUAGAAGGAAUGCCGAGAUCACAAGUCACACACAGUGUGUGAGUACCGUAAUGUCGUCCGUUUGUUUCCACCCCCCACAAUUUGAGGGCACAAUAAAUAUUUGUGAACGCGCGCGUGGCCGCUUGAGAGACUGC